AAGGCGAGAGCUACGAGUGAAGGCGAGAAUUAAGCAUGACAGCGAGCACGAAGGAUGGCAUCACCAUACGUACUAUGGCGGAGAGGGAUUAUCCCAUUGUGAAAUCAUUCAUGCAGGAGCAGUUCUUUAGCGGCGAGCCCCUGAGCCAGUCCACCGGUGAGCAAGUCCAUCUGCAAAAUGAGAAGGAAUCGGACGAGUAUCAUCUGUCCAUGAUCAGAGAGGGCACCUGCCUGAUAGCCAUUGACGAGAACCAAGGCGGCCGCAUUGUGGGCUAUGUCCUGGCCGGAUCUCAGUACCCCGAAGACUUGGAGAAGCAUCGCAGGGAUGCCGAGCAAAUGGAGCAGCAUGCCUGGGGACGAAUAUGCCGCCUACUGUCCAAAAUGGAACUCGAGGCGAACCUCUUUGAGCGCUACGGCACCUCCAAGUUGCUCUACUCGCACAUGACCAGUGUGGGUGGCUCGAUGAGGGGCAAGGGCUUGGGCUCCCGCCUGGCUGCCACUCUCAUGGAGGUGGGUCGGGCGAAGGGCUACCCCCUGAUGGUGGCCUACUGUACGAGCUUCUACUCAGCCCGCCAAAAGGAGGCACUGGGCAUGCAGUGCGUCCAUUCUCUGUGCUAUGCGGACUACAAGGAUGAUCAGGGACGAGUGAUAUUUACACCAGCAGCACCCCAUACGCACGCCAGGAUCAUGGUCAUCAAACUGUGAGACAUUCAAAGACUUAAAAACCAACAACAAUUGUAUUUCUAUUAUUGUGUGAUUCCCUGAUAGCCCUAUAGACAACAAAUGAGUA